AUGAACAAUCUCUUGAUAGUACUGACUUUUUUGGGCUUAUGCAUCAGCUUAAGCAAUGGAAACAAAGUCAAGUUUAGCAACGAGUUGGAACACAACAAACUCCUCAAGGUUCGUUGUGACAACGAUGAAAGGGAGCAUCUUCUGAAAAUCGGUGAAGAAUAUGAGUUUACUUUCAAUGAUGAUUUUUUCCACAAGUGUGCAAUGUACCAAGGUCCUAAUAAUUUCGAACAUCACCAAGAGUUUACUGCGAUUAACCAAAAAUGUGACGGAGUAAACGAGAUAUACGUUUCUCAAGCAGUUCACCUUCUCCGAUCGAAACUCAUCCCACUCUCAUCAAUCAAUACGCUCUUUACUUCGAUCCAUCAUCUUUUUCAUAAUGAUUCCGUUUCGCCUACAAUCAUCUUCGAUCCAUCAUCUUUUAAACAGACUUCUGCAAAAAGUUCAAGACCUACGCAAAACCCUCCCACCGUAAUACUGGUCACGACGGUUAACACCAAGCGUCUAGGAGGUACUCUGGUCCUGAGCUCAAUGACCUCCUCACGUGUUUUUAUGGACUACGAUGUCCAGCCUACCAUAGAUUACUUCGCCUGGUUAGGCUCUAAUCCAGAGAUUGCUAAGCUGGUUAAUGCAGCGGUUGUGUGAAAAGUUACCGAACACAACCUAUCAGGCAAGAGCCGAGCUCUAACUGUCACCAAAAUCCUCUCUGUAGCUACAGAAGCCUCGGUUGGAAACCAGAUUGCUGCAACGUCCGAGGAAGCCUUGCAGAUCGGAAACGAAGUGAGUGAACCGUCUAGCAGCCGUGGAGAUGAGGGGAGUAAGAGGACGUGUGCCACUGCUCAUCCAGAGACAGCAAAACGCCCAAAGUGUGGGGACUAGAGCUUCCAUUCACCUUCUCAGAGAUUUGAAUGGUUGAAUGCAGUUUUUCCUUUUAAUUAUUGUUUGACUCAGUUUGAACUUUUCAGAGUUUUCCCCCCUUCAAACAUCUAUCUACUUUGCAUGAUUAUUAGCUAAUUAUCAUGUUUUGUUUCACUAUUA